GCCUCUGAGUCGGAGCUUGGAGCGCGGAGCCCGCAGGCGGGGCGAACAAAGCGGCGGCGGCGGCGGCGGCGGCGAGGACGGCCCAGGCCCGGGACGCGCGGAGCAAGCGACCCGCCGGGCCUUUGUCUCGGGCGGGGCAGGAACCGCGGCGGCCACGGGGCGCCCCGCGCGCAGAAUGCGGCGCCCGGCGGCGCUGAUCGCGGAGCGCUGCGGCGGCGGACGGCGCGGAGCCCGGCCUGGGGCCCAGGCGGACUCGUGGGUGUGAGCCGAGGACGCGGCGCGCUGCCCGGCGCCUACAGCGCGGCCGCACGUGGGCGGGAGCGGCGGCCCGCGAGGAGCCCCGAGGAGGAAGAGGAGGGACGCUCGGCGGCGCGGGGGGCACCCGGCCGCCCGCGGGAAGCCCCGCCCCGGCCGCGGAGCCCGGCGCGGCCGGGCGGGAUGACCCGCGGCCGCCGCACUUCGGCCCGAGCGCGGCGCUGAGCGGCCGGCCCGGCGGGCGCCAUGGAGCAGUGGCGGCAGUGCGGCCGCUGGCUCGUCGACUGCAAGGUCCUGCCGCCCGACCACCGCGUCGUGUGGCCCUCGGCCGCGGUCUUCGACCUGGCGCAGGCGCUGCGGGACGGCGUGCUGCUGUGCCAGCUGCUGCACAACCUCUCCCCCGGCUCCAUCGACCUGAAGGACAUCAACUUCCGGCCGCAGAUGUCCCAGUUCCUGUGCCUGAAGAACAUCCGCACCUUCCUCAAGGUCUGCCACGACAAGUUCGGGCUGCGCAGCAGCGAGCUCUUCGACCCCUUUGACCUCUUUGACGUCCGCGACUUCGGGAAGGUCAUCUCGGCGGUGUCCCGGCUGUCCCUGCACAAUGUGGCCCAGAACAAAGGCAUCAGGCCCUUCCCCUCGGAGGAGACGGCGGAGAACGAUGAGGACGUCUACCGCAGCCUGGAGGAGCUGGCCGACGAGCAUGACCUGGGCGAGGACAUCUACGACUGCGUCCCCUGCGAGGACGAGGGCGACGACAUCUACGAGGACAUCAUCAAGGUGGAGGUGCAGCAGCCCAUGAAAAUGGGCAUGACGGAGGAUGACAAGCGGAACUGCUGCCUGCUGGAGAUCCAGGAGACCGAGGCCAAGUACUGCCGGACGCUGGAGGACAUCGAGAAGAACUACAUGGUGCCCCUGAGGCUGGUGCUGAGCCCGGCGGACGUGGUGGCGAUCUUCAUCAACCUGGAGGACCUCAUCAAGGUGCAUCGCAGCUUCCUGCGGGCCAUCGACCUGUCCAUGAUGGCGGGGGGCGGCACUCUGGCCAAGGUCUUCCUCGAGUACAAGGAGAGGCUCCUGAUCUACGGCGAGUACUGCAGCCGCAUGGAGUGCGCCCAGAGCGCGCUGAACCAGCUCCUCGCCAGCCGGGAGGACUUCAGGCUGAAAGUCGAGGAGUGCACGCUGAAGGUGCAGGACGGCAAGUUCAAGCUGCAGGACCUGCUGGUGGUGCCCAUGCAGAGGGUGCUCAAGUACCACCUCCUCCUGAAGGAACUUCUGAGCCAUUCCACUGACCGGCCGGAGAGGCAGCAGCUGAAGGAAGCACUGGAAGCCAUGCAGGACCUGGCCAUGUACAUAAACGAGGUGAAGCGGGACAAGGAGACCCUCAAGAAAAUCAGCGAAUUUCAGAGCUCCAUCGAGAACCUGCAAGUGAAACUGGAGGAGUUCGGGAGGCCCAAGAUCGACGGGGAGCUGAAGGUCCGGUCCAUAGUCAACCACACCAAGCAGGACAGGUACCUGUUCCUGUUCGACAAGGUGGUCAUCGUCUGCAAGAGGAGGGGCUACAGCUACGAGCUGAAGGAGGUCAUCGAGCUGCUGCUCCACAAGGUGACCGACGACCCCACGAACAACAAGGACCUCAAGAAGUGGUCCUAUGGCUUCUACCUGAUCCACCUGCAAGGCAAGCAGGGCUUCCAGUUCUUCUGCAAGACGGAGGACAUGAAGCGGAGGUGGAUGGAGCAGUUCGAGAUGGCCAUGUCGAACAUCAAGCCGGACAAAGCCAACGCCAACCACCACAGCUUCCAGAUGUACACGUUCGACAAGACCACCAACUGCAGGGCCUGCAGAAUGUUCCUCAGGGGCACCUUCUACCAGGGGUACCUGUGCACCAAGUGCGGCGUCGGGGCGCACAAGGAGUGUCUGGAAGUGACGCCCCCCUGCAAAAUCAGUUCGCCUGCAGACCUGGACGCCCCUGGAGCCGGACCAGGGCCCAAGAUGGUGGCCUUGCAGAACUACCACGGCAACCCCGCGCCCCCCGGCAAGCCAGUGCUGACCUUCCAGACGGGCGAAGUGAUCGAGCUGCUCAGAGGGGACCCCGAGUCUCAGUGGUGGGAGGGGCGGCUGGUGCAGACCAGGAAGUCCGGCUACUUCCCCAGCAGCUGCGUGAAGCCCUGCCCCGUGGACGGAAGGCCACCCAUCGGCCGGCUGCUGUCCCGGGAGAUGGACUAUAGUGCUUACCCCUGGUUUGCGGGCAACCUGGAGAGGCAGCACACCGACAACCUGCUCAAGCCCCACGCCAGCGGGACCUACCUGGUCCGGGAGCGGCCGGCCGAGGCGGAGCGCUUCGCCAUCAGCAUCAAGUUCAACGACGAGGUGAAGCACAUCAAGGUGGUGGAGAAGGACAGCUGGAUCCACAUCACGGAGGCAAAGAAAUUCGAAAGCCUCCUGGAGUUGGUGGAGUACUACCAGUGCCACUCUCUCAAGGAGAGCUUCAAGCAGCUGGACACCACGCUAAAGUACCCCUACAAGUCACGGGAACGUGCCGCUUCCAGGGCCUCCAGCCGGUCCCCAGUGUGCGCGCCCCGCGUCAUCGGCACGGCCGUGGCCAGGUACAACUUCGCCGCCCGGGACAUGCGGGAGCUCUCGCUGCGGGAAGGCGACGUGGUGAAGAUCUACAGCCGGGUCGGCGGGGACCAGGGCUGGUGGCGCGGCGAGGCCGGUGGCCGGGUCGGCUGGUUCCCCUCGACCUACGUGGAGGAGGAGGGUGUCCAGUGACAGCGGGGACGCCGGCGGGACUCAGGAGCCUCCCGGAAGGGCGGCGCCAGCGAGAAGCGUGUCUCCAGCUCGGGACCGGAGGGGAAACGCCU